UGCGGUCUUGUCAUGGGUCAGGGCUUCCCAGGUGGUGGUGGUGGCAAGGAACCCCGCCUACCAGCGCAGGGCACGUAAGAGACGAGGGUUCGAUCUCUGGGUCAGGAAGAUCCCCUGGAGGAGGGCGUGACAACCCACUCCAGUAUUCUUGCCUGGAGAAUCCCCAUGGACAGAGGAGCCUGGCAGGGUACAGUCCAGAGAGUUGCAGAGUCAGACACGACAGAAGCGACUUAGCACACACACGCACAGAUUAGGUCUCGGCAAGCAGCAGGUGGGAAGACAACACAGGAAGUCAGCCUGCGUGUGCUCCUGUCUGUGUGACGGCUCCUGUCCGUGUGACGCCGGCUGGUAACUGUCACUCUCCUGUGAGUCAGCGUCCUGCCAGCCUCACCAUGAAGUGGGCUCUGGCUCUGCUGGGCCUGGCCUUCCUCUGUGUGCUCCGGGCUGGGGCCGCUCAGCAGAUGGUGGACGAUGCCUGCUCUGUGCAGAUCCUCGUUCCCGGCCUCAAAGGGGAUGCUGGUGAGAAGGGGGACAAAGGCGCCCCAGGACGGCCCGGGAGAGUCGGCCCCACGGGAGAGAAAGGAGACGUGGGCGACAAAGGACAGAAAGGCGGUGUGGGGCGUCACGGGAAGAUCGGCCCCAUUGGCUCCAAAGGUGAAAAAGGAGAUUCUGGUGACAUAGGACCCCCUGGCCCUAACGGAGAGCCAGGCAUCCCGUGCGAGUGCAGCCAGCUGAGGAAGGCCAUCGGGGAGAUGGACAACCAGGUCACCCAGCUCACGGCCGAGCUGAAGUUCAUAAAGAACGCCGUUGCUGGGGUGCGCGAGACGGAGCAGAAGAUGUACCUGCUGGUGAAGGAGGAGAAGCGCUACCUGGACGCGCAGCUGGCCUGCCAGGGCCGGGGCGGCACGCUGAGCAUGCCCAAGGACGAGGCCGCCAACGCGCUGCUGGCCGCCUACAUCACACAGGCCGGCCUGGCCCGCGUCUUCAUCGGCAUCAACGACCUGGAGAGGGAAGGCGCGUUCGUCUACGCGGACCGCUCGCCCAUGCAGACCUUCAGCAAGUGGCGCAGCGGGGAACCCAACAACGCCUACGACGAGGAGGACUGCGUGGAGCUGGUGGCCUCAGGGGGUUGGAACGACGUGGCCUGCCACCUCACCAUGCACUUCCUCUGCGAGUUCGACAAGGAGCACAUGUAGGGGGCCCUGCCCCGCGGCCCCUGCGUCUCCAGGGUCUGGAAGGAAAGACAGUGUUUCUGGCUAUUAUCCUAAGAACUUAAAGUUUUACAGCUUGUAGCUAAAAUGUUUGUUAUGUAAUUAUUACUCAGAAUUGCUUUUGGCUUUGUCCAGAGUAUAAAAUGACUUCUUUAAUUAUUACAACAGUUAGGUACAAACAAUGGUAGGGAGGUCAUAAAGGACUAUAUAUGGAAAAGCAUCCUCUUACCUUUGAUCAAUGCUUCUGUAAAUUAUAUUAAAAUAUAAGUUCCUUUUCUUUAUUAAUCAAGUAGAGACAUCUUUGCUUUGCUGCAAACCCAGAUUUCAAAAACAAGAAAAAUAAAGGCUCUGAAUCUGA